AUGAAAUCAACCUUUCGUAAGCUAAAUGAUGCAGAAUAUAAUUGCAUGAUAUCUUCUAUGAUAAAGCUUAACGAGCUUAAAGAAGCAGAGAAUAUAUAUACAGAAUGGGAAUCUGUAUCUAUAACUGGCGAUUCUAGGGUUCCAAAUUUGAUCCUUGCAGCUUACAUCAACAAAAACGAAAUGAAAAUGGCUGAAAACUUUUUUGAAAAAAGGAUGGUUGAAAAAGGAAUUGUACCUAGUUACACAUCAUGGGAGCUUCUUACAUAUGGUUGUGUACAUGAAAAGGAAAUGGAUAAAGUUUUGGAAUGUUUCAAGAAAGCUAUAGGGUCAGUGAAAAAGUGGGACCCGGAUGAAAAGAUUGUUAGAAAAGUGUAUGGAAUGCUUGAAGAAUAUGGUAAUGUCGAGGGUGCUGAACAAGUGUUGGUGACUCUUCGUGAUGCUGGUGAGAGGAUGAAGAAGGAUAAAGUGGAAUUGAAUGAUGAAACAUAUCAACUUAUAAAGUUGUUGCAUAGAAAGUACAGUGGGAAUUUCUUGGUUAAUAUGUUGGGAAAAUGGAAGGAAUCUGAAUACUCUGAGCAAUCUGUUCCAGUUGGUGGUCUUGCUUAUUAUGUUACUGCACCUUCUCAAGGUAAUGACUGA